AUGCCGCAACACCACCUAGCGACCGGUACAGUCUCGUACCCAGACGCGAAGUCCAACUAUCCAGCCUUUCCUCAAGUCGGCUUCGGCAAGGCCGUAGCCAUCGGGAUCGGCGCAGGCGCAGUCGGAGCGCUCGUCAUGACCGGCUCCAACUGGCUUGAAAUGCUCAUCACCAAACGCCCACCCUCCUACGUCCCCGCGCGUACAAUCGGCAACCACCUCGGCGUGACCCCCUCGUACUAUUCAAAGCACACAGACCUGCUCAAUAACGCCCACCACUACGGCAUGGGCAUGCUUGCGGGCCCUGUGCGGGCGAUUAUGAGUUAUUACGGUAUUAUUGGACCGUUUGCGGUUUUUGUGCAUACGGGUGUGAGGAUUUUGAUGGAUCAGGUUAUGGAGACGAGUGUGGGUGUGAGUGCGCUGCCGUGGACGUGGCCGAUCAACGAGCAGGUAAUUGAUGUGCUGCAUAAGGGGGUUUAUGCGUUGGUUACGGGGUAUAUCUGUGACAAGCUGGUCCGGGGGGUGGAUUGGUUCAAUUGA